UCACAGUUUACAAGAUGGCGGCUCAACGAUAUGCUUCACCUUCUGCUCCUCCGGUGUUUAGCGAGGUUAAUAUGACGUAUAACGAGUCUUCAGGAUUCUCUAACUCCAUACCAGCCACUCAAGUAGAAAUACACGUCUCAUGCAGAGAUCUUGCUGAUAUGGAUGUCUUCUCCAAGUCAGACCCUUUCGUCGUUAUGUACACACAAGGAAUUGGCACCAAAGAAUGGAGAGAGUUUGGUAGGACAGAAUACAUUAUGGACAACUUGAAUCCAGAUUUUGUCAAAACGUUUGUGAUUCACUACUUUUUCGAAGAAGUCCAAAAACUGAAAUUUGAAGUAUAUGAUGUGGACAAAAAAUCUACUCGCCUUGAAGAUCAUGAUUUUAUUGGUUCAGCAGAAUGUACACUUGGGUCUAUCAUAGGAGAAAAUGGUGGUCGACUCGAAAAAGCACUCACCAAUAAAGACUUUAAUAAGAGCAGAGGAAAAAUUAUUUUGACAUGUGAAGAACUAAGUGCAUGCAAGGACGUAGUAACUAUCCAAUUUCGAGGCCAUAAACUGGACAAGAAAGAUUUUUUCGGCAAAUCGGAUCCAUUCUUGGUGUUCUACAGAUAUAACGAGGAUGGCAGCUUUACGGCAGUUCACAGAACAGAAGUCAUCAAGAACACUCUGAACCCAACAUGGAAAGAGUUAACCAUCCCAUCCAGGGCAUUAUGUAAUGGCGAUUACCAUAGAGCGAUUAGAGUGGAGUGCUACGACUGGGAUCGUGACGGAGGUCAUGAUCUCAUUGGAAUAUUUUCGACGACACUCAAAGAAUUGACUUCAAAUCCAAACUUGACUUUUGAGCUAAUUCAUCCUAAGAAACAAAGCAAGAAAAAAAACUACAAGAAUUCAGGAACGAUUUCCAUCCUUCAUGCAAAAGUCGAACAGCAGCCCUCGUUUUUGGAUUACAUCAGAGGAGGGAUGCGGAUCAACUUCAUUGUAGCAAUAGAUUUUACUGCAUCUAAUGGUGACCCUCGAAAUAGUAACUCACUACAUUUUAUGAACCCUUACGAGCCUAAUCUGUACGUCAAGGCAUUGACAUCAGUAGGAUCUAUCUGUGAAGACUACGAUACAGACAAAAUGUUCCCAGCCUUGGGAUUUGGCGCCAAACUACCGCCCAGCUGGCAGGUAUCUCAUGACUUUUCUUUGAAUGGUGUCCCAGAAAAUCCUUUUUGCGAUAGAGUAGAUGGUGUUAUCGCUGCAUACUACAACAGCAUUCAAAAUGUCAAGUUGUACGGACCAACAAACUUUGCACCUGUAAUAUGGAGAACUGUUAACAUUGCAAAAGGAAGUGAACAGCAAAGGCCUGGAGAAGAUUAUUUUGUGUUGCUGAUACUCACAGAUGGUAUCAUAUCGGACAUGGAGCAGACUAAGGCAGCCAUUGUGGAGGCGGCAUCUUAUCCCAUAUCAAUCAUAAUCGUCGGUAUAGGACCUGCAGACUUCGAUGCAAUGGAAGAAUUAGAUGGCGACACAGUGCGACUUUCAUCACGUGGACGAUACGCCGAGAGAGAUAUCGUACAAUUUGUUCCUUUUCGAGAUUAUCUUGAAAACGGCGCUAUUGCCCAGGAUGUUCUUGCCAAAGAAGUUUUAGCUGAAGUCCCAGACCAGUUGCUCUCUUACACGAAAAGUCGCGGCCUUAAACCUAAACCAGUCAAUACCCGUGCUUAUCAAUGUCGAUAAUUUCUAUUGGUAGAUUAGCAACCAAUAGCAUUGCAAUAUAGGCUGUCAAUCAAAGCUAAACCGGCCAGUCAAUAACCGUGCUUAUGAAUAUCGAUAAUUGCUUUUGGUAGAUUAGCAACCAAUAGCAUUGCAUUCUACGCAGUCAAUCAAAUCUCCUCAAUUAGUCAAAUUCCGCUACUAUUAGUAGAUAAGCAACCAAUAGCAGGGCAUUAUAGGCUGCCGAUCUUAUCUCAAUCAAUCAUCGCCCGCUCUUAUUGGUAAACUAGCAACCAAUAGCUUUGCAUUAUAUGUGUCAAUCACACAAUCUAGUUAUCUCUUAGUUCUAUUGGUAUCCAACAGUACGACAUCAUAUUGGUAGUGAGCUUACUAACAAUAUACUCAGACUAACUCGUAAUACACGAAGCAUCAUAUAUGCAUACAUUGAAACCAAAACCAAUGCACACUCGGUCGCAGUAAUAUCCUCUAUUUGAAAACACGUACUUGUUAAUAAGAAAGGGGUUACGACAUGAUCAUGGUCAUCACUUCGAACACACAAUUUCAUUCGUUCAUUCAUAAACUACUUUAAUCGAUGCACUGGUCAAGCACCAAGCAUCAAUUGAUCUCUUCAAUUUCAAGGGAUACCACACUUGGAUUAUUGUUAACAAUAUUUUUGUGUUUUUUUUAAUAAAAUAAUGUUCGGGGUCAUAGCUAAACCAAUACCUAUUAAUUAGGACCCUCCAUACAGUGGUUCUUAUGAAUGUCUCGAUAAUCUUACCAAUAUUUCAUUUAUCUUAAAAAACUGAACCUAAAAACCAUGCACAAGGGGCAAAAGUACUCGACAAAAUACUCGCGAGUAAUUUUACACACGACAAAAUAGUUCCACUUAAAAAGGCAGCCCACCAAUAGGAACUCAGCUAGUGAAUCGAAAUUAAAACAUACCACAAUCGGGGGGGGAGGGGGUGGGGGGACUUUGGACUUUUUUUUAACAUGGAAACAAAAAUGGGUCAUUUGGCUAGAAAAUGUCAACGAAAAUAUGAAAAUAAUGUGGUUAAUAUAAUCGUAAUACGCUCGUUUAUUUGGCGUAAAGUUUUAUUGUUAUUACGAGUGGUUAUCUUUCAAUUUAAAGGUGCAGUUUAUGACGUGCAAAUUAAGUUACUUAUCACUGCGUUGAUUCAAUUUGUAUCAAUUUUCUUACAUAAUUUAUCAUGUGUGUACAAAAUAUCGUACACCUAUUCUUGAAAAGAGUAGACGAUGAAAAUAUGCUUAAGGGUAAAAAAUAUGCCUACAUGGCGAAAUAAAAUAAAUGAGGUGUAA